AUGAACCUUAGAAAGCUAUUUUUAGAGGGUAAUUCUUACAUGCGCACCUUGAAACGACAUUGAGGAGAAAAAUGCUGUCAUUUCUCCGACUUUCUCGUGCAGGACAGCGUGUUUGUUGCAGAGCUAAAAGAGUUAAUAAGAAUUUCAAAAGAAAUGAAAGCUGGGAUGCAGCAGACGCUCCACAAGUAUACAGAGAGCAGCUGCCAAAGCAUUCGAAGUUGUUAAUAGCGUUAGCUACUUUCUACCCUGCUUUCGUCACAUUUUAUUUAGGAUACAACUUCUAUCAUCACCCAGAGCAUGUUACUGGCCAUUACCCAAAAAUGGAACCAUCAAAAUGGACAGACGAGGAACUUGGAAUCCCACCAGAUGAUGAAGAUAUAUAUCCCCCGGGUUAUAUUCCACUAAAAGAUCGGGUUUAAUUAUUAUAGUGUGAUUUAAUAUAACUACAUUAAAUGUUUGAAAAACUUUUAUAGACCUUUCUUAAGAUUUUUUAAAAUGUGUAAAUCUGGCUAAAAUGACAGUAUUGUAACUGAUCAUAAAUGGUUUAAAAAUCAGAAUAAAUUAACAUCUGCAGAAACAUA